AUGACGGACGAGUUCCCGCUCGGAGCAAGAACCGUGGGCGUUUUAUCCCUGAUUUCUUCCUUGAUUGCCUUCCACAUCUCGUCCCUUCGAUGUUCUGCGAGCCACACGCUCACCAGUCUACUCCUGUCCUACAAACGACACCAAGGGGAACGACUAGCCACGCCCUUCAUCUGGGUAAAGGCCAACCACACGUGGAAACAUCCACGAGAAACCCAAGAAGAUCUGAUUCGGGAGCUGACCAGGCGACAUGCCAAGACGGAGUACGGGCGCAAGAACCGUCUUGGAGAGAUCCAGUCCUUGGACGAUCUCCGUAAGAAGCAUCCCCUGACCACCUACGAUCACUUCAAGGAUUACAUCCAGCGACUAGCUGACGGGGAGGAAGGGCUCUUCCUUGACGAGAAGCCCGUACGAUUUGCUGUCACCUCUGGAACCACCGGUAUCGGGAAGAAAAUACCGUUGGUUAACUUCUGGAUUGAGGGGGAUGCCCAGACCAGAAUAAUCUCACGUUUAGCCAUGUAUCGAGGCACUCACACGCCCAGCCCAGUCCAGAAGCGCGGUCUUCUCUACACCCAUAAAAAAGCCUUAUUUACCAAAAGUGAUCAGCCUGUUACUCCUUACACCUACAUCCAUCAUCGGGACUUCAAGCGUUUAUCUGAUCUCAGCUCCCCUCCGCUAGCUUUCACCAUCACCCAUGAGCCUUCUGCUAUGUAUGUUCAUAUGCUGUUCGCGAUUGAUGACCCUAAUUUGGCUCUGCUUUCUUCCAUGUUCACACCUCAACUCUUUCGAGCUCUGAAGUCUCUGGAGACCAACUGGCCAGCAAUGUUGGAGGACUUAUCUACCGGUCAAAUCAAUUCAAAGAUCCCACUGAUCCCCGAUGUACGCCGGUCCCUCGAAGACUACCUCAGACCUGACCCGGCCCGCGUCUCCCAGCUAAGAAGGGAAUUCGAAAAAGGUUUUCAUGGCAUCGUGAAGAGAAUCUGGCCUCAUCUUGUGGCCACGGAGGGAAUUGAUAUCUUGGGUUUUCGGGAGAAGUUAGAAGAAACAUACAGCUUUGGUGUUCCUUGCGUCAGCUGGGGCUACGGUGGCACUGAGGGAGGAGUCAUGGCGGCCAACCUGUGGAUUCAUGAGAAAGAACCACAAUAUGUUUUCUUUCCCAUCUCGGCAGUUUUUGAGUUUAUUCCAGAGGAGAACAAUUUGGAUGAAGAUCCCAAGACUCUUCUCAUUGAUGAGGUGGAGGUUGGUGCCAGAUAUGAACUGGUGAUGACCACGCGCUCUGGACUCUACCGCUAUAGGAAUGGAGACAUUAUUCAGAUUGUGGGAUUUCACGAGAACUGUCCAGUGAUGCGCAUGCUCUACAGGACAGGGGAGCAUGUGAAUUUGUUUUCUGAGAAAAUGAACACACAAGUCAUUCGCAACGCUAUGAAGGUCACUUUUGAAAGCUGGCCUGGAAUUCAUUUGGUGGAGUGGACAGUCGCCGAAAGCCCACUUUACGAUCCAAACAAUUCAGAGCUGUACUACAUCUUGUUUGUUGAGGUCGAUCCGGGCGAGGGGGAACUGAAUGUCACCCAAGAACAAAAGGCCAAGUUUGACGAAUGUCUUCAGCAAGAACAUGCCUACUACAAAUUUUUGCGUGGGUCCAACACUGUUUCUCCAGCCCAGGUUAAACUUGUCAGGCCAGGCACCUUCUCAGAGUUACGGGACUUUACUGUGUCUCACACCACGGCUUCUGUCAACCAGUACAAGACACCACGAAAGCUGAGAACACGAAAGCUCAUAGAGUGGAUGAUGGAGCGGCGGGUGAUCGAGUCUGGCGCAAAGUAAUAUGCCGAGCAGUCUUGGUAACCGUCAAAUGAAAAAAUGUUGAUUGGAUGCUGCUGACUACGCACUUGUAGUCUGGAAUGAUAGUAAGGCAGGUGUGCUUCUCUUAAAAACUUCCCUAAACGGGCCUCAGGCACCAUUACACCUUGAGAAACAAGGAACCCUGUCAUCUUUUUAGCCCUUAUGAGGAGCCCACCUGAAUGAGUACAGAGAAUCUGAAAGAAUUUAAAAAUAUUUAAAGGAUGGGCUAGGAAUAGAAGAAAUCUCUUUCGAUCGUCCCCACUAGUUUUCUCCGUGAUGAAAAGAACCCAACCCUAUUGACUUGGUCUGGAUGACAUCUGGUGUUUUUAUGACUUUCCGUAUUUCACACACGGACCUCAAAGGGGCAAAAAUUUAUAUUGUGGUCUAUGGGGAAAAAUUAAAACGAUUGACUUAACUGUUACUAUAAUACUAUUAACCUUUUCUUCAAAUAUACCUUAUAGGCCUACAUGUAUUUUAUUGGUUAAUGCAUUUAAACCCUCAAUAGGCCGAAGGAAGAGCCUUCCCCCUGCACACAAUUUUUUCUAUAGCAUCGCAGCGCAUAAUUUCACACCAUGAUUUUUUCUGAGUUUGGUUUGUAUAGAAACUCUUUGCAGUCACUUUGGCACCUAUUUAGUUAAAAUUGGACAAACCAUUCUUGGGCAGAAUCAACUUUCCCAUGAUAGAACAGCCAAAAAAAACGUACCAAACACCAAACGUAGCGGUUGCCUAAGUCUAUUCCACUUUUUCUAAUUUGGGAUAUGAUGUACGGUCGUAGUAGUAGGCCUACUGCAAAAGGCCUUACAAUGCAUGUAGGCCAAACUUACUACUGGUAAGGCAUGAUACACGUAGGCGGCCUAGUCCCAGACUAGGGUCAGUCUACUGGACUCCCUCCAAGGAAAAGGAGGGAGUCCAGUAUACUAGCCCUAGAAUGGGGUUAGCCUACAUACCUGUUUAAAAGCACAAUCAACAGCUUCUAAAUUGGGUUUCACAAAAAAAUGGAAAUAAUGGAAUUCUAAAAACAUUGAGAGUUUUGAAUAGCCCCAUAAAUACGUAUAAAAGCAGGCGGAUGAUUUCAGGAACUUCCCAGGUAGCAAGCUUACGUUGGCCCAACGUAGGAUUAAAUCGUUGGCCCGACAUCGGCGUGCCACAUUGGCCCGAUUUGGAUUUGCUCAUUGGCACACGGUCGGGCCAACAUGUUGGGUUGACGUUGAGNCCGAUGACUUAUACAGAAUGACCGACCUUUGCCCAUCGUUGGGCCAAUGACAACAUUUAAUGGUUGGGCCAAUGAGGAAUCGGGGAUUAUUGGGUCGCAGUUGUGCCAACAGCAGACCGAUCAUUACUACCGACGGCCAACAUCUAGCCAAGGUUGGGCCAAUACUAAACAUGCACGGUUGGGCCAAUUGUGUUGAGCCGAUUGUUUGGUCUCAGUUGGGCCAAUCACAGGCCAACAUAUAUAGCCAUCAUCGGUUGAUGGAUGGGCCAGGUAGGACGGUUAAUUGUAGGGUUGUUCGGCGCGCGUCUUCUUGGAA